GCAUCUUAUCGGUCGAUUAUUCGCACUUAACCACUCGCGUCGAACAGACCACAAACUGCGGUUGUUGGGAGAAGAACCCUAACCAAGCCGGGGAGAAAAUUCUAUCAAACCAGCGGCGGAUGGACAUCGUGGAGUACCACUUUGUGAUAGUGAUUUGUCUUUGAUAGUAACGAAAAGGGACCUUUUUCCUGUUUUUCUCAGUGCUAGCAGGAACGGUGGUGGUGGUCAGGUACUUAAGUGAUCGUGUUAAACAGAAAAAGGCAGACCCACGUUUCCAAGCUCCUGCUACUGGUCAGUCGGAACCCUUUUGCCUUCUGCGGUGCCAUCAGUGGCACUGUGGCCGGUAGAUCCUCGAACCAAAUAAAUACGACACAACUGGAGUGGGAGAGAGAAGAUAAAAAUUUAAGGUUGUAUUCUUUUCGGGAAGGCCGCAACACGAUGUCGGCGACUGAAGCGUCUGCCCCCGCAACCGGAUCGGAAACCAACGACACCCCGGACAACAGUUCAUCGUCUCCCAAGGAAGGCGAUCUGGCCGGCAGCUCACGUGACUACAAACGGGAAGCCAGCUGGCCUUCGGUGCUGUUCUACAUUCACCUCAAUAUCCUGGGCGUGUACGGCAUUUUGGUGCUUUUUUCUCACACCUCAGCAAUAACAUUUGUGUUCACAUUCUUCUUAACUUUAUGUGGAAUCUUGGGCGUCACUGCCGGGGCUCAUAGACUGUGGGCACAUCGAGCCUACCAGGCGUCCACCCUUCUGAGAAUCUUCCUGAUGCUUUGCCAAACCAUGGCCGGACAGGGUUCCAUCUACGACUGGGUUCGCAUGCAUCGGCUACACCACGAAAAGUUCCGCACCGCGGACGAUCCGUUCUACAGCGAUAAGGACUUUCUGCACGCACAAGUAUUCGCCAACAUUCGCAAGCUAAGUCUACGCCAGGAGAAAAUGCUAGAAACGAUUGACAUGACCGACUUAGAGUCGGAUGGAAUUGUGAUGUUCCAAAAGCGCUUCUACUGGUUCCUCUACCCGGUGCUCUUCGUACUGCUGCCGAUCAAUGCCCCACUGGAGUACUGGGGUGACACCGUGCAGGCUGCAAUCUUUGUCGCGUUUUCGCUGCGCUAUUUGCUAGUACUGAACGUAUCCUGGUUGAUCAAUUCGGCCCACUUCAUCUGGGGCUUGGACAAGAACCACAAACAGAGUGACUCCAACAUGGUAUUCGUGGUAACCAAAAGCUACUGGCCGCAGUAUCACUAUCUGUUGCCGUUCGACUAUCAGAGCGGCGAGUUCGGUAAUUAUGGUUCCGGUUGUACUACGGCGUUUAUUCGUAUUUGUACCGCCAUGGGCAUGGCUACCAAGCUGCAGACUAUGACGACGGAAGCCGUGAAAAAGGGCCUGACGAUGGCCGUCGACAGUGGACGACCGAUCGUGGACUGCCUCAAGCAGGCCGGUGCUGAAGAUAUGUGCAACUUGCAGCGGGAGCAUUAUCUGAAGAACGAGAGACUUCACUAGCAAAGGACCAGGAGGGCGGAAAGAACUAAUUUAUUUGCUACAUGUUUAUGUGUAAUUGAAGCAUACUUUUUACUAUAAAAUAAAGACACCAAAAAUCAUGCAUGUGAGAAGUA